ACCGAGCAAUAUUAUGCUUGCGGUCCACAUAAAGUGCUCAUCUCCUCUUUCGCUCGUCUUUUCUGAAAUUAGGGUUUCUGUUUCUUGUUCGUAGCCCUCGCAGCCGGUUUCCGAUUCUCCAAGAUGCCGUCGCACAAGACCUUCAGAAUCAAGAAGAAGUUGGCGAAGAAGAUGAGACAGAACAGGCCUAUUCCUCACUGGAUCCGUCUUAGGACUGACAAUACCAUUAGGUACAAUGCGAAGCGAAGGCACUGGCGCCGCACCAAACUCGGAUUUUGAGGUGUUUUGCAUGUGAUUUUCUCUUCAUCCUUGGAAAUUGUUUUUAUCCUAAUUAAGCGUUAGUAGUGGAGAAGACAGAGAAUAUAGAGAUAGAUGUUUGAAUUUUUGCCUCUCAAUUAAGAAUUUAUCGAAGAGAAUCUCGAGUAGUCUUUAGGGCUACUUUCUAUGUUAAAUUUAUAUCUGGAGUGAUGUCAAUUCGGAAGUUAAUUCGUGUUGGUUUAGUUCAGUUUGGUGCCAUUUCUUCUAACGCUAGUGCAGAGUUUUGUUAUGGUCUUGAUCAUUGAAGUAUUCAGGUGGAUGAGAUGAGUUUAGUAUCUACUAGAUCAUCGAUUGACUGGGCGCAUUAGCUUGCGUAUCUGAACAAAUUAACUCCUACAAGUUUGUCGUAUGGAUUUAGUUGUUAAAUCUCUUCCUCUAUGUUGGAACUUUGAUUUUGAUUCAUGAACAUUCAUUCA